AUGUUUUCUCACAAGACUUUCAGAAUCAAACGAUUCCUGGCCAAGAAACAAAAGCAAAAUCUUCCUAUUCCUCAGUGGAUUCGGAUGAAAAGUGGUAACAAAAUAAGGUACAACUCCAAGAGUAGACACCGGAGGAGAACAAAGCUCAGUCUGUAA